AUAGCACAGCAAUCAGAGGCCCCUCGCAAACGUCACAAGACAGAAACCGAGCACAGUGAAACAUCGGGCCAAGUUACUGGCUCACGAAAAGUGUUACAACUCGAAGACUUGGUCUUCGCUGCUGGGUCGCAUUUCAUGGCUAACAAGAGGUGCCAGUUGCCACCAGGGUCCUUCAGGAAGCAGAGGAAAGGCUACGAGGAAGUCCACGUGCCUGCUUUGAAACCCAAGGCGUUUGACGAGGGAGAGAAUCUGGUCCCCAUCGAGGAUCUGCCCAAAUACGUGCAGCCGGCUUUUGAAGGGUUCAAGACAUUGAAUAGAAUACAGAGCCGCAUCUCGAAGGCGGCGCUAGAAACGGACGAGAACCUGCUGGUGUGCGCGCCCACCGGCGCCGGUAAGACCAACGUGGCACUGCUGAGCAUCCUGCGCGAGGUGGGCAAGCACGUCAACGACGACGGCACCGUCAGCGCGCACGACUUCAAGAUGAUCUACGUCGCGCCCAUGCGCUCGCUGGUGCAGGAAAUGGUGGGAAACUUUAGUAAACGAUUAGCGUGCUACAACAUGAAGGUAUCGGAGUUAACAGGCGACCAUCAGCUUACAAGAGAACAAAUUGACGCCACACAGCUCAUCGUUUGCACGCCAGAGAAGUGGGAUAUUAUCACCAGAAAAGGUGGCGAGCGGUCAUUCACGAACCUAGUCCGUCUCAUCAUUAUCGACGAGAUCCACCUCCUUCACGACGAAAGAGGGCCUGUCUUGGAGGCACUGGUAGCCAGGACACUCAGGACCGUAGAGCAGACGCAGGAGGAGGUCCGUCUAAUAGGGCUAUCGGCCACUCUUCCAAACUACACUGACGUUGCUGCUUUUUUGCGAGUCCGGCCAGAAAAGGGAUUGUUCUAUUUCGACAAUUCCUUCAG